AUGUUUGAGACAAUUGUAACACCUGAACAAUUGGCAGAACUCCAAGAAAAAGGCAGUCCACUUCAAAUCUGGGAUUGCUCAUAUGAUCUCGUCAAGAAAGAUUGGGGUUUAGAAGAAUUUAUUAAGGAGCAUGUUCCUGGAGCAAUAUUUAUCGAUAUUCAUCAUGAUUUAUGUGCAGAAGAAGGAAAACCACGUGCUUCUGGUGGCCGUCACCCAUUACCAACCCGCGAAGAUUUCCAAAUAAGACUCGGCAGCUUCGGAAUAACACCAGAAACACAAAUUAUCGUUUACGAUCGUAAUGGAUCAAACUUUUGCGUUCGUGCAUGGUGGAUGCUUCGCUGGGCAGGCCACAAGAACGUUGCUGUUCUUGAUGGAGGCCUUCGCGCUUGGAAAGAAUCAAGAAAACCAACAGCAGCAGGCGAAAGAGUACGUCCACAUGUUGAAGGCGCUCCAGCAUACAAUCCAGGACCAGAACUUGUUAGACUUUGGACAAUUGAUCAAGUUAAGGAGAACUUAAUCACAAAGAAGGCUCAAUUAUUCGAUGCUCGUGCUCCAGAACGCUACCGUGGCGAUGUUGAACCAUUAGAUCCACGCGCUGGACAUAUUCCAGGAGCAAUCAACCGCCCAUGCGGAAAAUCCUUUACUCCAGAAGGAAAGUUCCUUCCAGCCGAUGACCUUCGUGAACAGCUCAAGGGAUUCUUCCCAGAAGGAAAAGAAUGUGUGUCAUAUUGCGGAUCCGGAAUUACAGCAACACCAUUGGUUUUGGCUGCAAAGAUUGCAAAUAUGCCAGAACCAAUCGUUUUCGGUGGUUCUUUCUCAGAAUGGUCUCGCGAUGAUUCUGUUAAGGUUGAAACAGGACCAAAUCCAUACCAGGAAUAA